AGUUUAUGAGUGUAACAAGAGGUGCAAGUGCAACGUCAACAUGUGCACCAACCGCCUGGUCCAGCACGGGCUCCAGGUCCGGCUGCAGUUGUUCAAGACGCAGAACAAAGGCUGGGGCAUCCGCUGCCUCGACGAUAUUGCCAAAGGCUCUUUCGUCUGUAUCUACGCAGGGAAGAUCCUCACGGAUGACUUUGCCGACAAAGAGGGGUUAGAGAUGGGCGACGAGUAUUUUGCAAACCUGGAUCACAUCGAGAGCGUGGAGAACUUCAAGGAGGGCUACGAGAGCUUUUUUUCUUCCGACAGCAGCGGCGUGGACCUGAAGGAUGAGGAGGAGGAAAACACGGGCACUGAGGAGCAGGAGGAGUCCAACGAGGACAGCUCUGACGACAACUUCGCUACGCCACGCGCCGGCAGACCCGCGGCCAGAAGGAGAACGGGCAGUCGGAGACGGCCUCCAAGGACUCGGGGCUCACCCGGCAAAUCAGCGCGGCUGCCUCCUGCAAGCUGCCGGUGUCGGAGGAGACCUCCAAGAACAAAGUGGCCUCGUGGCUGA